AUGUCGCAAUCCAAUAUCCACGUCGUCUCGCAUCCGCUCAUCUCGCAUCAUUUGGCUAAUCUGCGCCUUGCUGACACCUCUCCGAAAGAGUUCCGCUCGCUGGUCAGCAAUAUCUCUACGGUGCUAUGCAUUGAAGCAACACGGACGCUCCCCGUCAAGCAGGUGCAAGGUCAAGGUCCGCUGGCCACCUUCCAGGGUGAACAGCUCUCGGAGCGUAUCGGUCUUGUGCCCAUUCUUCGUGCCGGUCUGGGUAUGACCGAGGCGUGCCUCGAAUUGCUGCCCGAAACGACAUCUGUUCUGCACAUUGGUCUGUUCAGGGAAAAGGUUUCGCUGCAGCCGGUCGAGUACUACAACAAGCUGCCCGUCUCGCCCACCGUCGACCAGGUCAUCAUCCUCGACCCACUCAUCGCUACCGGUGGCACCGCUGUGGCGUGUAUCCAGAUGAUCCUCGACUGGGGCGUCCCCGUGGAAAAGAUCAAGUUCCUGUGCGUGCUCGCGUCGCAAAAGGGUCUCGAGCAUGUCGUCGAGUCGGUGCCCGGUCUCGAGGUUUGGGUGGGCCACAUCGAUCCUCAAUUGAGCGAAAAGGGUCUGAUUCUGCCAGGGUUGGGUGACACGGGUGACCGCUUGUUCGACACUCGGACCUAG